UCCAAUCAGGUGUUGGCUCUGUUAACUCAAUGCUGGAGCGACAUUACAACUUCUCUCUUGAGUUGGCCCAGUUGGUUUCAUCGUGACGUGUAACACCGGGUACUGAAUAGUUUGUAAAAAUGAAGUUUGCUUGUUUUGUUUAGGGCAAAAUGAAGUGAAUUCGGGGUAGAAGAUAGUCUUACAGCUCGUGUUGGGUCGCUUCCGGUAGCAAUAAUGCCUGUGUUGUUGGGAAGAGGAGAUGGAGGAGCUAACAGAAGUCUGCUGUUUCCGCUCGCCGCCGUGUUGCUGCUGUCGGUCGGAGUUGCUGCCAUUCAGGAGGAGCAGAAAGCGGUGCAGGAACAGCCGCAAAAUGAGAAAGCCACUAGUCCCCAUCCAGUGGGGCCGAUCGUUACUGAGAAUGGCUCCAUCAAAGGAAACCUGGGUUUCAUCCACGCCUUCGUGGCCUCUUUCUCCGUCAUCAUCGUCUCAGAGUUGGGAGACAAGACGUUUUUCAUCGCAGCCAUCAUGGCCAUGCGUUACAACCGCCUCACCGUGCUGGCAGGGGCAAUGCUGGCUCUGGGGGUUAUGACUUGUCUGUCAGUGUUGUUCGGCUACGCCACCACAAUCAUCCCUCGAAUCUACACCUACUACGUGUCCACUGCACUGUUUGCCAUCUUUGGGGUGCGCAUGUUGAGAGAGGGGCUGAAAAUGAGUCCAGAUGAAGGGCAGGAAGAGCUCGAGGAGGUCCAAGCAGAGAUCAAGAAGAAAGACGAGGAACUCCAGCGCUCCAAGCUGGCCAACGGCGCUCCGGACGUGGAGGCAGGAGCAGGAACCACCCAACCUCAGUCGAAGUGGCACAGACUGAUCUCACCGAUCUUCAUCCAAGCUUUCACCCUCACCUUCCUGGCAGAAUGGGGGGACCGCUCACAGCUGGCCACCAUCAUUCUAGCUGCCAGAGAGGAUCCAUUUGGAAUUGCAGUAGGUGGGACAAUCGGCCACUGUUUGUGUACAGGACUGGCUGUGCUUGGAGGGCGAAUGAUUGCUCAGAAGAUUUCUGUGAGGACAGUUACCAUCAUCGGAGGGAUUGUAUUUCUGGCGUUCGCCUUGUCUGCCCUUUUCAUCAAGCCAGAAUCUGGAUUGUAAUUGGUGGACAAAAACUGUUCAUUCUGUAAAUGCGUGUAAGAUAUGGCCAACUCGCUGGAAAGAGACUUUAAUUCAGAUUCAGUAUUUGGAGUCUAUUUCUGAGUCCCAGCAGCUUUUUGUCCAUGUUGACUUUUGAGGUUAUUUCCGUCGUAGACGUCCAAGAAUCAUUUAACGGUAGAAAAGCGGACUUUCUAAUAAAAACGGAAAACGUCCAUCUUAGCACCUCGUACAGCCUGCUUUUCCUAGGAAAGCAUUUGUUCCGCUUCUGUUCGUGACUCGGGUGAAUUAGGAAACUAGGAGUGCAUUCCUCCACAAGUUCAAACACGUACACAUCACGGCAACGGGAAGAGCAGCUGCUCGCUUUCUGCGAGACGUUCUACCUUUCAUCAAAGAGCUUCGGAUCAAUCUCGGAACAGGAACCCCUAUUUUAAUGUUUUUUGUUUUUUUUGGAGCAACAGAAUCAUUGAGUUACUGCGGCUGCAGCCUGAAGAGGAACUGUAGUUGCUCGCUCUUAAGAGCUUCAUUCACUUCUGAAGGAGUGUUGAAGAAACCCUACACUUGACCUGAUAGCGGACCUCUUAACUUUACACAAAGUUAAACUGAACCUGACAUGCAGUCCUUUUCUCAACUUUGCAGGCUCGUUGUAGGCACUUUCAGUUUGCAUGGUACAGUACUGACCUAGUGGACCUCCUUUACUCUGAUCAGUAAAAAUAAAGUCAUGGAGUAUCGGGGUCAGUGGUUCUCAUCUAGAUAUCAAAGCUUUACUGUACCAUGUUAUGCAAAAAAAAAAAACAACAUUGUUGGAGAAACAGUUUGGUUGCUUUUAAAUGUUUAGUUUUUAUUUUUUUGUUCUAACCUGUUCUCUUAUUUUUGACUUCCACUAAGAUGAUGCGUUUUUUCUCUCUCUAUGCUUUACACCACAUUAGAAUUGGACACAGUGCAAAGAGUAACAGCGGCAGUAGUGGCAAAUGCUAGUAUUGAUGCCU